AUGGAUCCACACGAUUCCAAGACGGGCACGCCAUCAUUGGGUAUAUCGCACCCUAAUGAUAAGACGAUUUUGCCACUAUCUGAUGCGUCUACUGCAGCCAUUCUUGGCACGCACACGUCUGUGGUUAACAGUCCUGUACAAGGUUCUUUGAAUUCUUCAGCUCAAAAUGAGGGCCAAGGAACCAUGGCUUUGGGUCAAAGACCUAAUACCUCACUGAAUGAACCUAUGCAAUCUAUGCAGGCGCUAAACAUGGCUUUAGAGUCUCAUACUGGCAGUAAAUGGUCGGAUGAUACCACAAAUAUACUGCAGCCUUCUAUCCAGGUUGCUAUGGGGCAGCAGCAGCAAGACCAAGUCGUAUUGGAUCAACCUCAUACUUCUAAUCUUGACCCAGCGGCGGAUGACCUGUGGGAUAAUUAUGGGUCUACAGACCGUGGUGCUUUGAAUACAGAUUUGCCUGCUGACCUUCGAGCCCAUUACGAUAAGAUUUUCCAUGAAUUUCUGACGUGUAUUUGUUCCAAUGUGGAAGCUAAGGACGACCGUGGUGAAUUGAUCCACCAAGUAUUUAUGCCGAAGAAAAUGGCUCGUUUGGACGAAUCCCCUGACUUUAGGCCUUUCAAAUUUCGAAUUCAGCCGUUUUCAAAUGCCUUUCAAUCGGAACUACAGCGCCGUGGCUUGAGCGAAGAUGAUUGCUCGAUGCGGAAGGUAAAGCCAUACCUGUGGAGCCACCCAUACAUCUCGCGAUUUAAUGAAGAUGGUCGCAAAUCAAAGUCGAAGGGCAACCAUAUCUGGAAUGUGGAAGCCAGACGACUCCCUAAUGGUGGGUGGGAAUUUUUUACGUUCAUGCCCAAAAUUGCUGCUCCGUCUAGCAAAAUUGCGUAUGUGGGUGAACCAUGGACAUGGAAUUUGCGUAUCUGGGAUCCACAGUCGUCUGCUUCUGAUUUCAAAGUGGCAUAUUCAGCGACCAAAUUGCCAUCCUGGUUGAAGUGGGAGGACAAUGACAAAGUGUUAUCUGGCACACCCAGUUCUCCGUUAGACUCUGGAGACGUCUCCAUCAUGGCUGUGUAUGUGCAUCUAGGCCAACUUCAUCGGCUAGAGCAAUCGUUUCUGUUGCGCGUUGUGGACCGGUCAGAUCCUAAUGUAGCAAGUCAAGAAGCGUCAAGCGCCUCCGUGCCGGAGAUGGUGUCGCCCCCGCUCCCAGCCCAGACGACAUCUGCUACAUCUCCUUUGGUGGAUAUUCAAGUGACACCGCUCCCUCAGACCGACAGGCACGAGGUGGUUGAUCCGUCUCGUGCCUCAGAUGUGCUUGCGUCGUUGAAUUUCCCAUUUACACCGCCAGUUUAUAUGGAAGGCUCUCAUGUACAGCCUCAAUUUGGUCUUGAUGCGCAAAUGAUGCAAAAUCGCGCUAUUAUGGAACAGCCUAAUGCUGUAUUUUCUGAGUCAAGCCAGCAAGUACCGUCGUUUGUCGAUAAGACAGCGACCCUUCAACCGGUAUUGCCACAAGCAGGGCCGUCUGGCCAUAUUUCGCCCCCUUUGGCUGAUAUUCAGUCUACGUCACACUCUACGCCGCUAGCAUCACCUGGUAUGGUUCCAGGCUCUACCAAUACUGUGACCCCUAUGAUGCAAAUGUGGAAUGUCAUUGAUCAGCGCCAGCGAGAGCAGGCCUCUUCGUUUAUGUUACUUAUGCCGCAGCGUCCACAAUCAUUUUCGCUGAGUGAACAUCCAGGCCAAGGAACGCCUAUGUCAAAUCUUCCGAAUGAUAUGGGUGCUACGCUGCCUCAAAUCUCAAAGCCGUGA